AUGGAAAAACUAGAUUUAUAUUCUUCAAAUUCAAUGGACUUAAAUGCUUCUAAGUACGAUCUGGUUGGAACCUUAAUUGUUGAAUCUGAAGCUAAAACCCCCACUGCUAACUGUGAUGGUAAUGAAUAUGGACAUUUAUUCAGCUCAAGAGAUAAUGAAUUUGUUUCUAAAAACAAAUUCUUAAGCUCUCAAAAAAUCAACACAGAAAAGAGAAAAAGCUUUUCAAUAUCGUUACAGACAUUAGAAUGCACUAUAGAUACAUGCAAGAUAUUUGAAAGUAAGGAAUCGGUUUACGAACAAUUAUCUGAUGCUUCGUUUCUGUCAUUUGACGAAUCAGAUGCCAGCAGCUUAUUAAAUGUGCUCAAUACUUUAAAGUUCAAUACUGAAUCAGAUAAUAAUCAGCAUCGUGAAACAAAACUUGAUAAAGAAAGAGGUCAACUUGAAAAUCAAGAUAAAGAUAUCAUUCCUCUUAAGAACAAUGAAAAUUUAUUUUAUGUACGAAGGAAAGGAGCAAAGAGACAUUUAAGAGAUUUCAAGGAUGUCUAUAAACAACAAGAAAACAAUCCAGAUUCUGCGGGAAAGGUUGCAUCAGCGAACGACAGCUUUUCGAUAGAGUAUUUGAUGCAGUUUAAGGAUCGCCUUAAAGAAAUAAGAAAAGAAAAUAUGAUUCCCGCGACUAGAAAGCCAAUACACAACGGAAAUAGAUUUAGUAGGGUCUUUAAUUAUUGUUUCCUGACGAGAUGA